ACUGCUCUCUUCCUUCCUCCUUUCCUCGAAAAGCUCUUAAACCCUGACCUCAACUUUUAGUUUCUUUUGUUAUGAAUUCAUCUUCGUAGUUUCAUCGUCACACUACUUGUGUCUUCCUCUUUGCAGUGCCAAUUGUAUUUUUCUUUUCUUCAGCCAUGUUUUUGUCAAGAACACUUGGACGGACACUCUUUGCUGCUGCUGCUAGAUCAAAACAUUAUGCCACUACUGCUGCUGCUGCUAACAGGAAAGGACACAAUCCCCUUAAGGAGUUCUUUGAGGCAGACAGGAGCGCUGAAAAUGACAAACCUGUUGUUUAUGGUCGGAGUUGGAAGGCAUCUGAACUGCGUCUGAAAUCUUGGGAUGACCUUCAUAAGUUGUGGUAUGUGUUGUUAAAGGAGAAGAACAUGCUGAUGACCCAGCGUCAAAUGCUUAAUGCACAGAACCUGCGUUUUCCUAACCCAGAGCGCAUCCCUAAGGUUAGGAAGUCAAUGUGUCGCAUCAAGCAUGUACUUACUGAGAGAGCAAUUGAAGAACCAGACCCCAGGAGGUCUGCUGAGAUGAAGAUAAUGAUAAAUGCUCUUUGAUGACUUGACAUGGAUUUGUUUCUGUAAUGACAUUAUUGGGUAUGCUGUUAGUACAGGACAUCUACAUUCCUGGAUGUAACUUGUGAAGUUGCUGAGUUGAAGCAUUCUGUCCAAAAACAUUGUUUACGAAAGGGUUUUUUUACCUGGGAAUGAGUUUUGCUUGGUUUUGUUUUAGUCAGUCCCGCGGGAAUCUAAUCAUAGAAAUCAUUGUUUCUAGCGGUCUAUUACUCGAUAAAGUGUUAAGUAGGUUACAUCCCAAAUAUUUGCUGUCCUAUAUUUCGUACUUUUAGAUGUAUCAAGCAAACAGAUGCUAUCAUAUUAUCAUAUUAGAGUUUCUGCAAAAUGUUAAGAGAAGAUGA